AUGUUCUUUCUGCUACCCACACUCUCGAUCAUCCUUCGGGUCAUAACCAAGUACGUGCGGCUGGGUUCAUGGGGUCCUGAUGAUUAUACUAUUCUUGGAGCAUAUGUUCCUCUUGUGGGGUACACAUGUGUACAUAUCUAUCUUGACAAUCACGGUGCUGGGAAAGACCUCUGGACACUCAACCAUGGACAGAUCUAUAACUAUUUCAAAUGUCUCUACGCCCUACAGCCCCUUUAUCACUGCUGCAUCGAUUUGAUCAAGGCCUCUAUCCUCUUCUCGUACCUUCGAAUAUUCCACCUUCCGGACGAGAAGAUUCGCAUUGCACUCUGGGUUACCAUGGCAUUCAAUCUCUCGAGCGGGAUCACAUUCAUAUUCGUCGCCCUGUUCCAGUGCCGGCCUAUAAGCUUGGCUUGGACACUAUGGACAGGCGAGACGACAGGGAAGUGUAUCAACCUUGUCUACAUUUCGAUAUCGCACGCAGCUAUAAACAUUGCGUUGGACCUAUGGAUGCUCAUCCUGCCAGCCACUCAAAUAUGGGGCAUGAACCUGGCGCUUCGCAAAAAGAUUGCAGUCAUGUCCAUGUUUAGCCUUGGUCUAUUCCUCACUAUCGUGAGCGCCAUUCGCAUUUCCGCCCUUUUGGAAUUCCGCAAGGAACCUUUGAACCCGACUGUUGGCAUGCUGCCCUCCGUCGUUUGGACAGGCAUAGAGCUCUAUGUAGGGGUCUUCACAGCCUGCAUACCCAACCUCCGACAGUUCUUCGUCAGGUUCAUCCUUGGGCAUUCGGAGAAGAAGAAACGUCUUGCAUCAGUCAUGUCAGGCUACGCGCGUGGUUCGACAUCCGCUCCUAAACCACAGGGGCUCACACAUCAGUUUGAUGAACUUGAGGCGAUAGACGAAAGCAACCUCAGCUCGCCCUGCCAACAAAGCAUGGCCAAUGUAUGA